AUGGCGUCUUCUUCUUCUUCUUCAUAUUCUCCUUUAGCGGGUUCUUAUUCACAGCCAAAUUAUACAACCUAUGAUGUUUUUUUAAGCUUUAGAGGUGAAGAUACGCGUUAUUCUUUCACAGAUCAUCUCUAUUCGGCAUUAGUGAGAUCAGGACUCCGCGCUUUUAGGGAUGAUAAUGAAAUUGAUAGAGGUCAAGAACUCAAGCCAGAAAUCGAGAAAGCAAUUAUAGAAUCCAGAGCUUCUAUAGUUGUUUUGUCGGAAAACUAUGCAAAUUCCAGAUGGUGCCUAGAAGAGCUUGUGUUAAUCCUAAAGCAAAGACGGAACUUCAAUCAUUUCGUUUUGCCAGUUUUUUAUCACGUGGACCCUUCAGAUGUCAGGAACCAAAGACGAAGCUUUAUUAUUGAAGGGUCAAAAUGGACUGAAGAAAAUGUGAAUCGAUGGAAGGCAGCGCUCACUGAGGUUUCUAAUUUGACUGGCAUGGUUCUUUCAGGACCUGAAACAGACUUAAUUGCAAAAAUUGUUGACAAAAUUGACUAUAAACUAGAUUUGAGACUUCUUAGUACUCCAGCCCGUCAAACUGGAAUAGAGACUCGAGCUGAAGUUAUAAAUUCCUGGUUGCAAAAUGUGCAACCCGGUGCUAAUGCUCUAACAGUUUUCGGCAUGGGAGGCAGUGGCAAGACCACGUUGGCCCAAUACAUUUAUAACUCAAACAAGCAAAAUUUUGAAAGUAGCUCUUUUAUUGAAGAUAUUGGAAAGCACUGCAAACAACCUUAUGGUUUGAUUGGGCUACAAAAACAGCUUCUGGGAGAUGUUUUAGGCGGAAGGAACGUAAUGAUAUCCAGUGUUUCUGAGGGUACACGUAAGAUUGAGCAUGCCUUGAAAACGAAAAGGGUGUUUAUUGUUCUUGAUGACAUUGAUGAUCAAGACCAACUAAGCAAUUUACUUGGAACAAAGGAGUUCCACACACAGAGCAAGAUCAUAAUAACAACAAGACUUCUUGAUAUACAUGGAUGGUUUAGGUCCAUACCUCGUAGAUGCCAGAUGUACGAACUUGAAUUGUUGAAUGAUGAGGAAUCAUUAGAGCUUUUAAGUUGGCAUGCUUUUGGAUUGGAAACUCCCAUGGAAGGUUUUACGGAACUUGCAGUACAACUAGCACAAUAUUGUGGUGGAAACCCGCUUGCUCUGAAAGUAUUGGGUUCUUCCUUAUAUGUUCGUGAUGAAGACCCGUGGACAAGAAAUAGCAGGAUGGAAAUUUGGAGAAGUAGAAUGAAUUCACUGAAUUCGUUGAAAGGAGAACUUGAUUCUAAAAUCCAAGGUGUACUACAAAAGAGCUUUGACUCAUUGCCAUAUACCAGUGAGAAAGAGUUGUUUCUGCACAUUGCUUGUUUCUUUGUUGGAAAAUACAAAUAUGAUAUCGUAACAAUAUUGGAAGAUGACUUGUAUGCAAGAUCUGGGAUCAUGACCCUCGUUAACAGAUGCCUUCUUACCCUUGAACCACCUAAUGGCAAACUGGUGAUGCAUCAGCUGAUUCAAGAUAUGGGAAGAAAGAUUGUCUCUGAAGAGUCCAAAGACCCUGCAAAACGUAGUAGAAUCUGGGAUGAUGAUGAAUCUUAUCGUUUGUUAAGAAAAGGAUACGGUUCAAAAACAAUUGAAGGCCUAUCACUUAACAUGCUAACAGAUGAGCAACGGCUGAGAUCAGAGAUAUGA